GUCUGGACACCACGAAGGAUCCGUGUCAGAAGGUGAAGUGCAGUCGUCAUAAAGUGUGUGUGGCUCAGGGAUAUCAGAGAGCGAUGUGUGUGAACCGCAAGAAACUCCAGCACAGAAUCAGAGAGUCUGGACUGAAGCCUCAUGCUAUCAGCUGUAAACUCUGUUCAGAGAUGCCCUCGACGCCUGUGUGUGGAUCAGACGGACACAACUACGCCUCACAGUGUAAGCUGGAGCAGCAGGCGUGUUUGUCGGGGAAGGAUCUGUCUGUUCUGUGUUCUGGUUCGUGUCCUUGUAUCAGUGCUGGACUUCCUAAAGCAGAACCCAAGAUCAAGACGAAUCCAGAGACGUCACCCGAACCCAAACCAGAGCUCUGCACCAGUCAGGAUUUGGCAGAUUUGGGCGACAGACUCCGAGACUGGUUUCAGCUCCUGCAUGGAAAUGCUAAACAGAACAACUCUGGAAGACAAAGCACAGCGUCAGUGUUUGACCGAGGGCUCGUGGCCGGCUGUAAGGACUCCAUCGGCUGGAUGUUCUCCAAGCUGGACUCCAGUAACGACCUGUUCCUGGAUCAGUCCGAGCUGGCCGCCGUAAACCUGGAGAAGUAUGAAGUGUGCAUCAGGCCCUUCUUUAACUCGUGCGACUCGUACCGCGACGGGAAGGUUUCCACGGCAGAGUGGUGCCUGUGCUUCUGGAGAGAGAAACCCCCGUGUUUGGCUGAAAUCGAGAGGAUCCAGAUACAGCAGGCGUCUCAGAGGAAACCAGGCAUGUUCAUCCCCAGCUGUGAUGAGGAUGGUUACUACAGAAGGCUGCAGUGCGACCGCAGUCGUGGCGAGUGCUGGUGCAGCGACCCUCACGGAGCAGAGGUCACCGGGUCACGUAUCCAUGGAAACCCCGACUGCGACGAGCUGCUGAGCUCCGGAGACUCCAGCAGCGGCGUCGGCUGGGAGGAUGAGGAGGAGACAGACGCGGACGAGAACACAGAGGAAGAGGAGGAGGAAGAGGAGUCUGACGACGGCGGGUACAUCUGGUAAAACACCUUCAUCGUCUGCCAUCCACAUCUUUUACUUCGGCUUCCUGAAACAUCCGACCAGCGUUUGAGUGUUUUUGAUUUCCGUCAUCGGUUUAUCAGAUGCAAGAUUCAGACGCAAGAAAGACUCGAACUCUGCAACACGGGAAACACGAAAGCCUCAUCAUUAACAGGGUAUUACGGUUCAUUUGAGGUGAUUUAUGCAACAGAACUUGUUCGCCGUGGUUUAUAAACCUCUGGAGAUCAGGUUUACACUCACUGUACAGACCUUCAUCCGUGUCAAUGUGACUAUAAUCACGAGUUUCAACCUCUGUCUCAGUAAAAACAUGCUAAAGAUGAAAAAUCCGAUGAAUUUAUAAUGCAUAUUCCCUAAAUGAAUGCUCAGACACCAUCAGAGAGUAACGUUUGCUCUCUGGAGCAGCUAAAAUAGUCUCAAAACUCAUUCUCUAAUUCACAUUCACAAAACAUUUGUAGAAAUGUGUAUAAGAAAGAUACUGUAUUCAUGAAUUGUGUUGCAUUUGCAAAUCAUAUUUUGUGAAUAUGAAUAAGGUUUAUCAAUUGUUGUU